CAGUCCAAAAGGCAGCAGAGCUGGUCAAGGGAGAGGCGCGUGAAGCUAGGGAAGAGGAUCGGGGUGCCCAAGGUAAAUACGGUGUUGCCUCUAUCCAGCACUCGUCUUCCCCUCUCCCAAGAUCCAGUGACUUCAGUGGUUCCUGCUUCCCUGAGACCUCGCGCAGAGAAGCGCUGAGUCACGCUCAGCAUUGGAAGAUUCUCUUUGUAGACCUUGACAUGGGCUCCUCCAAGAAGGUUACUCUCUCUGUGCUCAGCCGGGAGCAGUCAGAAGGGGUAGGAGCACGGGUUCGCAGAAGCAUCGGCAGGCCUGAGUUAAAAAAUCUGGAUCCAUUUUUACUGUUUGAUGAAUUCAAAGGAGGUAGACCUGGAGGAUUUCCUGAUCAUCCACAUCGAGGUUUUGAAACAGUAUCAUAUCUUCUGGAAGGAGGAAGCAUGGCUCAUGAAGAUUUCUGCGGACACUUUGGUAAAAUGAACCCAGGAGAUCUACAGUGGAUGACUGCAGGCCGGGGCAUUCUGCAUGCUGAGAUGCCUUGCUCAGAGGAGCCAGCCCAUGGCUUACAACUAUGGGUUAAUUUGAGAAGUUCAGAGAAGAUGGUGGAGCCUCAGUACCAGGAACUGAAAAGUGAACAAAUCCCUAAACCCAGUAAGGAUGGUGUGACAGUUGCUGUCAUUUCUGGAGAAGCUCUGGGAAUAAAGUCUAAGGUUUAUACUCGCACACCAACCUUAUAUUUGGACUUCAAAUUGGACCAAGGAGCAAAACAUUCCCAGCCUAUUCCUAAAGGAUGGACAAGCUUCAUUUAUACCAUAUCUGGAGCUGUGUACAUUGGGCCUGAUGAUGAGCAACAAAAAAUAGAACCUCAUCACACAGCAGUGCUUGGGGAAGGUGAUGGAGUCCAGGUGGAGAACAAGGAUCCUGAGAGAAGCCAUUUUGUCUUAAUUGCUGGGGAGCCAUUAAGAGAACCAGUUGUCCAACAUGGUCUCUUUGUGAUGAACACUAAUGAAGAAAUUUCUGAAGCCAUUCUUGAUUUCAGAAAUGCAAAAAAUGGGUUUGAAAGAGCCAAAACCUGGAAAUCAAAGAUUGGAAACUAGUGAAGAAGAGUCCAAUGGAGGUCGCAAUUCUUUUGCCAUACAUGGUGCCCAGCCAUUUAGGCACUCAGUCUAAAGCUGACUUAGCGGGUGUUUCUAAAGGAUACCACGUUAAACUGAUAGCAAGAUUUUUGUGGCAAUGUAUGUAGGAUAUUUUCCUGCACAUUCAAAUAAAACUAAUCAUUGCUUCUUUAAAA